CCAAUUCUAAUCCAAAGUCCAAUUUCCCCACCAGUGAUGCUAACAUGUACUCGACCCACGGCUGCAAUUGAACACAUCAAUCGCGGUAUAGCAUUUCUCCACAACUUCACUGCGGUCCAUUUUCUACUAGACAUUUCGUCAAACAGAGGCAGCCACGAGUAUCUUACCUCAGAAACGUCAGGAAAAAGCCGACCAAUUCACGCUUUCUCUCUUGUUACCUGUCUACGUCUUCUUCGAUGGGCUCCAUCUCUGCCGUUGACGAGUUACUGGUGUACCCUUCUGCCCGCCGUGAUGAAUCUGUUGUUGAUAAUUAUCACGGUACUUUGAUUGCCGACCCGUAUCGAUGGCUUGAGGAUCCAGACUCUGAGGAGACAAAGGAGUUUGUAGAAAAGCAGGUGAAAUUGACUGAUUCAGUUCUCAAAAGCUGUGAGACAAGAGAUAAACUUCGUGAUAAGCUUACAGAAUUAUAUGAUUUUCCAAAGUAUGAUGCUCCAUUUAGAGCCGGUGACAAGUACUUUUACUUCCAUAACACUGGUCUGCAACCGCAAAAAGUCCUCUACAUUCAGGAUAGUUUGGAUGGAAAACCAGAGAUUUUACUUGACCCAAACACACUAAGCGACGAUGGAACAGUGGCACUGAGUAUGUAUUCGGUUAGUGAGGAAGCCAAAUACUUGGCUUAUGGUGUUAGUUCGAGUGGAAGUGAUUGGGUUACCAUAAAAGUUAUGCGGAUAGAAGAUAAGACUGUUGAGCCAGAUACUAUCUCAUGGGUCAAGUUUUCAAGUAUUAGUUGGACACAUGAUGGCAAAGGUUUUUUCUACAGUCGUUACCCCACCCCUGACUUUUGCAACUUAGAUGAUUCAUUUGUUUCCAGAGACGGAGAGAAGUUGGAUGCUGGGACAGAGACCAAUGCGAAUCUACACCAUGAGCUGUAUUAUCAUUUCCUGGGUACCGAUCAGUCUGAAGAUAUCUUGUGUUGGAAUGAUCCACAGAAUCCUAAACAUACACGUACAGCCUCAGUGACAGAGGAUGGGAAGUAUGUUCUUCUAUAUACUUUUGAAAAUUGUGAUCCUGUCAACAAAUUUUAUUACUGUGACUUAUUAGCGCUCCCUAAUGGGCUUGAAGGAUAUAAAGGGAAAAAGGAACUGCUUCCAUUUGUCAAGCUUGUUGAUAAGUUUGAUGCUUGUUAUGAGCAUGUGGCAAAUGAUGACUCAGUUUUCACCUUUCGGACUAAUAAGGAUGCUCCGAAAUACAAGCUAGUCAGAGUCGAUCUGAAAGAGUCCAAUUCUUGGAGUGAAGUAAUUAAAGAAUCUGAAAAGGAUGUGCUAGAAUCAGCCGUUGUCGUCAGUGGCAAUAAAAUGGUGGUAAAUUAUUUGAGCGACGUGAAAAAUGUCUUGCAGCUGAGGGACUUGAAAACCGGUUCUUUGCUCCAUCAUUUGCCAAUUGGUAUUGGAUCAGUAUCUGAGAUUUCUGCCCGACGCAAGGACAGUACCAUCUUUAUUGGGUUUACCAGCUUCCUAACCCCUGGCAUUAUAUAUAUAUGCGACCUAGAAACUGAGAUCCCGGAUAUGAGAACGUUCCGAGAAACUGUUGUGCCUGGCUUUGAUCGGACAGAAUUUGAAGUUAAUCAGGUUUUUGUGCCAAGUAAAGAUGGUACGCUGAUACCGAUAUUUGUAGUGGCUAAAAAGGAUAUUUGCCUGGACGGGUCUCAUCCUUGUUUACUAUAUGGAUAUGGUGGAUUUAAUAUUAAUAUUACCCCCUACUUUACGAGCAGCCGUGUUAUGAUUGCGAGGCAUUUAGAUACUAUCUUAUGUGUUGCAAACAUUCGUGGUGGUGGGGAGUAUGGAGAAGAAUGGCAUAAAGCUGGUGCCCUCGCAAAAAAGCAGAACUGCUUUGAUGACUUCAUCUCAGCUGCUGAAUAUCUUGUCUCUGCUGGUUAUACCCAACCUAAAAAGUUGUGUAUUGAAGGUGGAAGCAACGGUGGGCUUCUUGUUGGGGCCUGUAUAAAUCAGAGACCUGAUCUUUUUGGCUGUGCUCUUGCUCAUGUUGGUGUUAUGGACAUGCUAAGGUUUCACAAGUUUACAAUAGGCCAUGCAUGGACUUCUGACUAUGGUUGUUCUGAGGAGGAGGAAAAGUUUCAUUGGCUAAUCAAGUACUCGCCCCUGCAUAAUGUCAGGAGACCUUGGGAUGAAUCUCCAGAAAAGACCACUCAGUAUCCUUCCACCAUGCUAUUAACAGCAGAUCACGAUGAUCGGGUUGUGCCAUUACACUCUUUAAAAUUACUUGCGACCAUGCAAUAUGUUCUAUGCACAAGUUUGGAGAAAAGUCGUCAAACAAACCCAAUCAUCGGCCGUAUAGAAAGUAAAGCAGGACACGGUGCUGGACGUCCAACACAGAAAAUGAUUGAUGAAGCUGCAGACAGAUAUGGAUUCAUGUCAAAGAUGUUGGAUGCCCCCUGGAUUGAUUGAACCAAAAUAGAAGUCAUUUUAGAAGAACUCAUACUUGUGUGAAAAUGUUGAUGUAGGCUUGGAGAAAUACAUUGCACAGUUGAAAAUCUCUGCUUGAUUCAAAUGAUGGAAUUUCAAUAACAAUGGAGGAUUCAGUUAUUUUUCUCCAUCUAAGUUCGUUCUUUCUUAUAUAUGGAAGAUGCUUUUAAAUUGCAGUCACUAUUUUCUUCGGACUUUCUUGAAUGAAAUAGAAAUUCGAACCA